CUUUCAAGUUCAACAGACCAAGUCGAUCAAGUUAAACGUUCAAAGAAAAAAAUCAGUUUAAAAGUCAUAAUGCUAAAUGAGUUGAUAGUUGAAGAAACUCGGAAUGCCAAUCAAGAUUACCAUCAGAGCGACAGAGUUGACGAUGACGGCCGUAUAACGCCAUGCUUGGUUAUAGCUGCGCUUGCAGCCGGCCUAGGAUCAUCACUACAAUAUGGUUAUAACAUUAGUGUGAUGACAGGGAUAUCUGCUUUUGUUCAGGAAUUCUAUAAUCAAUCAUACUAUUUAAAAAACGAUGAAUAUCUCACAGACAACCAAUUACGUUGGUUAUGGGCGACGACAAUCGCAAUAUAUUGUGUCGGCGGAUCAUGUGGCUCUCUGGUAGCCGUUUAUUCCAUCUACUUUUUUGGAAGCAUUAUCUAUACCCUGCUGGAAAAUGAACAAUGCAUGCACGUGAGAUUCGGUUCCCCGAGAUGUCGUUCUUUUUUUAUCUCCAAUAAUAUCUUCUUAGGUAUUGUGAUUGCAACUGUCCCAGUCUACCUGUCAGAAAUAUCACCUGUUUGGUUUCGUGGAGGAAUCACGUCUUUCCACCAACUAGGCGUUUCAUUCGGUCUUUUACUGGGACAGGUUUUAGGACUUUAUGCAUUCUAUUCGGAGGAAAAGUGGCAGUUCGCACUCUUUAUGCCGUUGAUCAUUAACUGGGUGGGAGGUUGCGUGCUGUAUUUUUGUCCUGAAAGCCCAAGAUGGAUUUUACUGAACCAAUCAAAACCAAGUAGAGCACAGGCAGAUGAAUCAACACUUUUACUGGAGGAGGAUAUUCACAAGGUUGCAUCUAGGAAAGCUUUGGUGAAACUGCGUGGUACACUGAACGUAGAAGGUGAGAUUGCUGAGAUGUUAAUGGAACGUUCUUUGAUGGAAGGCAGCAUCGGAGAUAGAGUCGACGUCAUCGAUUUGAUUACAUUGAAGAAUCCAGUCUGGAAGUGGCCACUUAUCAUUUCCAUUGUAUUAAUAUCGAAUCAGCAGUUGGGAGGAAUAAACGCUAUUAUGUACUAUACAACUGAGGUAUUUACAGAAGCGAACCUAAAUGAGGACACGGUCAGAUUAGCAACCGUUGGGACCGGAGUUAUUACGGUCGUCAUGGCAGCUGUAACAGUGUUGAACGUUGACAGACUUGGUCGUCGAUUUUUCUUGAUGUCUUCUUAUUCCGUAAUGGCUGUCGCUGCUCUUUUUCUUUCAAUUUCCCUUACGUCAUCGGGAGAAGCUUGGUCUUAUAUGUCUAUAGUAUUUGUCUACUUAUUCAUAUUCGGAUUUGCACCUGGGCCAGGUGCAAUGACUUUUGUAGUGAUACCGGAGCUGUGGACACAAGGGCCUAGACCUACAGCUAUGUCUUUCACAGGACAUUUCAACUGGUGGACAAAUUUCACUGUCGGACUUGCGUUUCCUUUUAUGCUGAAUGCAAUGGGUGGAUAUUCAUUCCUCAUCUUCACUAUCAUCCUAGUAUUAACUGUCUUGUUUACUUAUUGCAUCGUACCUGAAACAAAGAACAAGACGUUUACCGAGAUCGUAUCUAGUUUCCGUCAAAACAGAUUGACGUCAUCGAGGAAGGACUUUAUCGAAGACAACACUGAACAGUAAUAACAUAAAUGUAUUAGCCAAAAGUUAUUUUUAUAUACAUAUUAAAUAUGUAAAUGUUUUGUUUAUGUAUAUAAUACAGGGACGUAGCCAGGGGCGCCCCACCCCUCCUUUGUACACAGUGUUAGUAUUUUAAAGCUUGUUUUU